CGGAGCCCCACACUCGGGAGCCCCGACCCACGGGCAGAAGCACCUCCCCGAGCCGAGAGCCGCUCCACUGCAACCACCGCCAUGCCGGGCACCGCGAGGCUGUGGGUGUCGGUGCUGACUUUCGCCCUGUCGCUGCUGGUCUGCCUGGGAACGCUGGCAGAGGCGUACCCCUCCAAACCGGACAGCCCCGGCGAGGAUGCCCCCGCAGAGGACAUGGCCAGAUACUACUCGGCGCUGAGGCACUACAUCAACCUCAUCACCAGGCAGAGAUAUGGAAAGAGAUCAAGCCCAGAGACACUGAUCUCAGACCUCUUGUUGAGGGAAAGCACAGAAAAUAUUCCUAGAUCCAGGUUUGAAGACCCUUCGAUGUGGUGAUGGGAUUUUCAGCACAUCGUCAAAACUUUUCCUAGUUUUCAGUUCCUACUCCACGCCUCUGAAGCAAAUCAUAGCGUCAUUCCCGGUGCAUGCAGCCAUUGUACUGAAUUCUGUGGAGUUUUUUCCUGCAUUGUAUUUGUAUAUACCUUUAUUUAAAUAA